ACUCAGAUUCAGUGACAUCAGUCGCACGGCGUCACUCUUCCGAGCGACUUCGCGCUACUCAGUCACUUGAAUAUAAAUAAUAAAAUUUCUUUUCAAUAAAAUUAGUUAUCAAAUAAUUAAUUUCUAUAAAUAAAAAAUAAAAACCUUUAAAAAAUAUACAUAUAAUUUUUUUAAAACACCGGCGAUAAAUAUUAACUUGAAUUUCAAUUGAGAUGAAUUUAUAUCAAUUUGUUUAUUUUUAUUGUGAUUGAUUUUCAAUAGUUAAACUUGUGAGUAAAUUAUUAUUACUUCCAAUCUAAGACACAAGUGUUGAAAAAUAUUUUUUUUUAAUUUAAAACAGAAGAAAUAAUUUUUUUUUACUCACUGUGCAUCGAUUCAAGUGACACAACGAAGUAACUUAACAAAUUAAGUAUUUUUGUAAUUUAUUUAUAAAUAUAUAAAUAUAUUUUGGAAAUAAUUUUAAAAGUAAAAAUGAAUGGAUCAAGUACAUUCGUUGAAGAAGAAAGUAUUACCAAGAAUGGUAAAAAACCAGGACCGCUGAGAAAUGUAACAUGGAGUGAAAAUGUUGACGAAACUGAUUUGGAGGUACCAGGAACACCGAGAACUCCCAGGACCUCAAAGACUCCAGGCCAUGAAAAGUGUACAUUUCAUCAUGACUUGGAGCUAGAUCACCGUCCUCCUACAAAAGAAGCACUAUUACCCGAGAUGUCGAAAAGUUACAGACGUUUAUUGAGAUCACUAGGUGAAGAUCCAGAUCGACAAGGACUUUUGAAAACGCCGGAGCGUGCUGCUAAAGCGAUGUUGUUUUUCACCAAAGGCUACGAUCAAAGUCUCGAAGAUAUUAUUAAUGAUGCAGUUUUUGAUGAAGAUCAUGACGAAAUGGUUGUCGUUAAAGACAUUGAAAUGUUUUCAAUGUGCGAGCAUCAUUUAGUACCAUUCUACGGAAAAGUUUCAAUUGGAUAUUUACCUUGCAAGAAAAUUCUUGGAUUAAGUAAAUUAGCUAGGAUCGUCGAAAUUUUCAGUCGAAGACUUCAAGUGCAGGAGCGCUUAACAAAACAGAUCGCUAUUGCUGUUACUAAAGCUGUUGAACCCGCGGGUGUUGCUGUCGUUGUUGAAGGAGUGCAUAUGUGCAUGGUGAUGCGAGGAGUCCAGAAAAUAAACAGCAAGACAGUGACUUCAACCAUGCUUGGAGUUUUUCGAGAUGAUCCAAAAACACGGGAAGAAUUUUUGAACCUUGUUCACUCAAAAUAAACCACUGACAUGAUAUAUAAUAUGAAAAAAUAUGACAGAUCUUGGUAAUUUCUAAAAUUGAUUCGCUGAAAAUAUAAAAUAUUAUUUUUAUUUAUUAAGAUUGAGACAAUAUUGUCGUAAUUAAGAUUUUGAAAGUUUAAUAUUAAAUAAUAGCAUAAAAAAAUUUAUUUAAUUAAAAACUUUACGCGAAUUUAAUAGAUGUAAGAGUUUGAGAGAAACUUGAAAGUUUAAUUAUAAAACUGCUGAAAGCGUGACAUGGUGACAAUAAAAAUUAUCAUUUUUUUAUUAUAAUUAUUGUUGUUUUAUAUAAAAAAAAAAGUUUGCUAUUUUUGGAGCUCCCUCCAAAGAUAAUGCUCUCAAGUUUCUCUUGUUAAACUAGUACAAUUGACCGGAUUUGAUAAUAAGUACAAUGUUAUACUGACAAUAUUAUUCCAUUCUUAUAUCAAUAUAUUAUAAACAUUAAUUCAAUUUUAUUUAUCGAUAAAAUAAAUUUUUUGUUGUAUUGAAAAACUAUUUGCAAGAUUCUACGGCCAUGAAUCUUGCGAAUUUGGAACGUAACAUGGUUGUAAGCAACUAAUUGUGCAAUUGAUUUUUUUUGUUCAGUUAUUUUUAGUCAUUCCCGAUAAUUAACUGCUGAUUCAUUGUAAUUAGUU